AUGCAGUACACACCUGAAUCAAAUGUUUACCCUGCCAGGUGCAAAGAGCAGCACUGUUAUGAUGACUGCUUUGACAGUGGAUACUCCGGGUUAUUCCACAGUCCACAGAGCAUCAGUGGAGUGGACUUCUGUAGGUCUUUGUCACCUGUUGAAUUCGAUGAGACGCCCAAAGAGAACCUCAGACUUCCUGUCACACCGAAAGAGAGGAGCAGAGAGUCGGUCAGGUUUUUGAACAAGGACUCCAGGACAACACAGCUGCCAUCAACAGUUAGUUGGUGUGAAACUCCAAAAGUGUAUAAAAGAGAUGAAUCGCUGCGACACAGACUUCUGAUGGGCAAAACGAACACAGAUGUCAAAACUGACAGCACAAGAUCACUGAGCAACAGAAGGACUGAAUCGUCCACCAUCAGUAUCCGGUCUGAUCACUGCCUCAGUGCAUCGUUGGACUGUCUAGACUCAGUGAUGGGGGCUUUGGCAUCAACCACUUUAAACCUAAAACAGGACCUGCCUUUAUCUGGCAGGAAACGCCGUGUCCUUUUUUCACAGAUGAGGACCUCCACUCUUGAAGAUGGUAAACUCCACUCUGGUCAUCCUGCUGAGUUUGAGAGAAUAGGUUCCCUCUCAAGUGCAGAUUUCAGUAAGAGCUUUUCUGCCUCAGAUCAAAUGAUUAUUGAGACUCCGAACUCUAGAAAAUCUCUGCCGGUCUCAUCCAAGGAAAACUCUCCAUCACCAGUCAGUGUUGUGACAAAUGACCUCAAUUACUUCUUUUGCACUCCAUCCUCCUCACAUACACCCAGGUACAUCAGGUUGAUGUGUGAAGACAGUGGUUUCAGUUCCCAAGACUCCUCAGUGGACCACGAUGGCUCAUUCCAGGAGCUGCUGCUCCCUGCCUCCAGGAGAAACUGUGAAACCCCAAAUCUGGCCGAGGCAAAGCGGCGCUCCCGUUUGCAGCGUCAGCACAGGCUCUCCACGCUAAAGGAAGGGGGCUCUCAGUCGGAAGAAGACCCAGCAGACAGAAAACAUGAACAUCUUAAUCUGUGCCACAGCUCUUCUAAAGAUGUUUUUGCUGAUGAUGCUACUCCUCGCAGGGUUCUCUCUAUUAAAUGUGAUAAUAGUAUGACUUUUGAUGGUUUGACCUAUUCAAAACCAGAUUAUGCCACCCCUCUCAGAGCCACCUCCGCCAAGCCAGAAAACAUGACACCUUUAGGCACAGCUGCAUAUCCAGAUGUUACCCCUCUCAGGACAACCCCAGUAAAUCUCUCACUGACUCCAGCUUUGCAGCUGGUUCAUGCUAUGUGCCAGCAGAAUGCUCAGAUGUUUGCUGGCCAAAGUCCAAACCUGAAGGAGCAGUUGAAGUCCACGGCAGCACUGGCCCAGACCCCGGUGACGUUUAGGACAGCUAUGCCAUUGGCAGGACUGAUUGGCAGGAAGAUGGGGGUGGGGAAGGUAGACAUACUCACAGAACUGAAGAAGAGGAACCUCAGGCACAUCCUUGCUGUCGUACUCGGUCACCUUGCCUCUGAGAGCAUCCACAGGUGUGGUCAAGUGUGUAAAAGCUGGAGUGAAAUUAUCCGGCAGGACAAGCGGGCUGCCUUCAGGAUAAGAAGCUACCUGAGUGAAGUGACUGCCUCACUUGAGCUCAGGGGUGGAGUCCAUGUCCCUGAUGCAGAGACCAGACUGACUCUUCUAAAGAGGUCGGCCCUCAAGACAGUUCAGGCUCAGUCCAGGACUUCAAGCUACUGCACCCCGCAGUCAGGAAAUAGAACUUCAGUCCAACUACAGCACUGUGUCGUACAUUCAGGCAGCAGCAACAAACGAGAGAAAUUUCUAGAAGUUGCCAAAACUCUCUUCAAUGAUGAGUGCCUGAAGCCCUGCCCUAGAUGUCAGCAUCCUGCAAGAUGUCACUCGGUGAAAGGGGAAGGUGUGUGUAGUAGAGCCGACUGUGGUUUCAAGUUUUGCACUGCUUGCUUGUGCACUUUUCAUGGAUCUAGAGAGUGUAGCAGCCAGUCUGUUGGCCAUCGCAAAAAGGACAUACUUCUUCCGGGAAGUGCUCAAAGUCGUAGAAACGUCAAGAGACUAUGA